AUGGAGCUCUCGGCUGCCUGGCACACGCUCAGCACCGCGCUGGUGCCGCCCGCCGCGCUGGGGCUGGUGAGCGGGCACCGCGCGGGCCCUCCCGGGUCGUUGCGCUCCGCCGGGCCCGGGGCAGGCCCGACCCGCCGGCCCCGGGAUGCUCCGGCCUCGGCUCCUCCGCGGCCAGGCCUCUCCGGCUCUGGGUCCGCGGGGCGGGUGGGAACGGCCGGGGCCGGGGGGAACCGGCAGGAGCUGAGGGAGGAGCUGCCGGCGCUGGGGGAACAACGGCCGGGGCUGAGGGAGAAACGGCCGGGGCUGGAGGAGGAACGGCCAAGGCUGGGGGAACAACGGCCGGGGCUGAGGGAGAAACGGCCGGGGCCGGGGGAGGAACGGCCAAGGCUGGGGGAACAACGGCCGGGGCCGGACCCCGGCAGGUCGCCAUGGAAGAGCAGCAUUCCCCCAGUGCAGUCUGACAGCAGAGUCCCUGUGCGCUCUGUCAAAUGCUUAACUCGUGUUCUCUCUGCUUUCCAGGCAGCCCCGAGGCCCGAGGCUGCGGGGCCGCUGCAGGAUGCCGAGCUCCGGGCAGCCCUGGACGUGCUGCGGUGCUAUGACUUGCACUCCAUCGUGGAGGAGUGGUUCAUCGAGGUGCUGCAGACUGACCUGCAGGCGAAUAUCGCCCCCGAGUUCUGGAACUGCAUUGGCCAAUAUGAGAGCACGGCCGAGGAGCCCCAGUGCGCCGCGCUGCUCCUGGAUGCAUUCAGUCUGCUCAAGUGCCACCUGGAGCCCUACAUGAACAGCCUGGAGCUCCUGGAGCAGUGGACCAAGGCAGGCCUGCUCCUGGGCACAGGUGCUCAGACACUGCAGGAGAAGGUCUACACCAUGUUCAAAGCUAUCCUUUUCUUCUCCACGACCAAAUCGUUCCAGGAGAUGAUCCAGCAGUUCUACAGCCGUACAUUCAGGAUAUACAUGCGGCAAUGGAAGAAAGGAGAAGAUGGAACGAACGAGUGUGAGAGCAGCAUGAGUGAGACCGAGCAGGAGAGUGACCCAGAGGAGGGUGGAGGAGAGGGCCAGCUCUGUGCAGGCUGCAGCAGCAAGAGGGAGCAGUGCUGGUGCCCUGAAGCCAUGGAGCAGUUCCAGCAGCUCAAUGACAUUCUCCGCCGGCUGAACUUGCUGGAGAGGGUGAGUGCUGACGCCGUCACCACCAUCUUGCACAGGAUGAUCGAGGAGAGGAUGGAGCAGCGCUGCCGUGGGGAGUACGAGCACUCCUUCCUCAACGAGUUCCAGGAGUGGAUAGAGAAGGUGAUUGGGUGGCUCAGCAGGGUGUUCCUGCAGGAUGGUCCCCUGGCUCAGUCCUCCCCAGAAGCCAGCAGCACCCUGAAGCGCUGGCGCUGCCAUGUCCAGAGGUUCUUCUACCGCAUCUACGCCAGCAUGCGCAUCGAGGAGCUCUUCAGCAUCAUCCGAGAUUUCCCAGAGUCAAAGCCUGCUGUAGAGGAUCUCAAGUUCUGCCUGGAAAGGACUAACCAGAGGCAGCAGCUGCUCAGCUCCCUGAAAAGUGCUCUGGAAAUGAGACUUCUGCACCCUGGAGUCAACACCUCCGACAUCAUCACUCUGUAUAUCUCAGCCAUCAAGGCCCUGCGGGAGCUGGACCCUUCCAUGGUUAUCCUGGAGGUGGCCUGUGAGCCCAUCAGGAAGUACCUGAGGACUCGGGAGGACACGGUGCGGCAGAUCGUGGCUGGCCUCACGGGGGAUGCUGAGGGCUCGGGUGACCUGGCAAAUGAGCUCUCCAAAGCUGACCCAGUGACCCUGGAGAACGGCCAGGAGAGUGAUGAUGACAUCUCAGAGCCAGGGGACUGGGUUCCUGACCCAGUCGAUGCAGAUCCAGGGAAAUCGAGCUCCAAGCGUCGCUCCUCAGACAUCAUCAGCCUCCUGGUGAGCAUCUACGGCAGCAAGGACCUGUUCAUCAACGAGUACCGCACGCUGCUGGCUGACCGACUGCUGCACCAGUUCAACUACAGUGCUGAGAGGGAAAUCCGCAACGUGGAGCUGCUGAAGCUGAGGUUUGGUGAAGCUCAGAUGCACUACUGUGAAGUCAUGUUAAAAGACAUGGCCGACUCGCGGCGCAUUAACGCCAACAUUCGGGACGAGGAGGAGAAGCUCCCUGAGGAGGAGAGGCCUCCCUUCAGCCUCGUGGCUGUGAUCCUGUCCAGUGAAUUCUGGCCACCACUCAAAGAGGAGAAGCUGGAGCUUCCAGAGCAGGUCAAGGAAGCCAUGGAAGCAUAUUCCAAGAAGUAUGAGAAAUUAAAGGCCAUGAGGACCCUGAACUGGAAGUACCACCUGGGGCUGGUGAGCCUGGAUGUGGAGCUGGCUGAUCGCACGCUCUCGCUGUCCGUGUCUCCUGUGCACGCUGCCAUCAUCCUGCACUUCCAGACCAAGAGCACCUGGACGCUGACAGAGCUGAGUGAAGUGCUCAAGGUGCCCGUGACGUCUCUGAAGAGGAAGAUGACACUGUGGCUGCAGCAGGGAGUCCUGCGGGAAGAGCCCGAGGGCACCUUCACCGUCAUUGAGGAGGAGCAGAAGGACCAGGUGGAGAAGGUUGUUCUGAUUGACAGUGACGAGGAGGGGGACUCUGCCAUGGCCUCACAGGCUGACCAGAAGGAGGAGGAGCUGCAGCUAUUCUGGACGUAUAUCCAGGCCAUGCUGACCAACCUGGAGAGCCUGUCCCUGGAGAGGAUUCACAGCAUGCUCAAGAUGUUUGUGAUGACCGGCCCCGUGGUCACUGAGAUCGAUAUCCAGGAGCUGCAGGGAUUCCUGCAGAAGAAGGUCCGGGACCAGCAGCUCAUCUACUCGGGGGGUGUCUAUCGCCUGCCCAAGAACUGCAAUUAAAGAGCUCACCUGAGUGUCCCUGCCCCCCUGGGCACUCCUGCCUGUGCCUGAGCUCUGUUCCAGAGUGCCACCAGCUCUCAGUGUCCUGCUGGGGGGGUUUUCUGUCCUGGGGGUUUGCUGUACCCCCUUCCCCAUACAGGUGUCACUUUCCACAUGGAGGCAACUCACCAGCAGCCUGGACACCCCGCAAUGUCUGGGUCUGCCCCCACAUUCUUUCCUACCCUACAUCAGUGCCUGGGCCCACCUCCCUGGUUAAUAAAUAACUGUAGGCUCCUUUUUCCAA